UCUUUUUUGCAUUUUAUUUAUUAAAUUAAACUGAGACUAGAAAAAAGUGAUAAAGUGAAACAAUUGUUAUAAAUUAAUUUUGAAGUCCACAUAUUUGAAAAAUGUAAUGUUUCAAACAUCGAUUUUCCUGCAUCUAAGAUGGACUGGCAUCGUAUUAUAAACAUUGAGAAGAUAAGGCGGAGUUAACAUGACAUUUGCUUACAACUCCAGCGGCCGCGAUGAUGUGGCUUCUGCAGUUGCUGAAAGAUCAUUUCCAUUCAAUAUGGCCAUCAACGGAACCAGCUCCCCCCGAGUUGGCAUCCAAAUUAUCACAAAAACAUUGACUGGUGAAAGCAUGGAUAUAAUAGAUGAACCAAAAACAAAUGAAACGACCGACAUAAUCGAUGUAAAUGUAGUCCAAGUCGCUUUUUGCAUUUUAUACACAAUUAUCUUCGUAUUAGGAGUGUUUGGAAAUGUGUUGGUUUGUUAUGUUGUAUUCAGAAAUAAGGCGAUGCAAACAGUAACUAAUUUAUUCAUAACGAACCUGGCGUUAUCAGAUAUAUUGCUAUGUCUUUUCGCAGUUCCCCUGACUCCGAUGUACACCUUUUUGGGACGAUGGGUUUUUGGCAGACUCCUGUGUCAUUUGAUGCCCUACGCGCAAGGGACAAGUGUUUACAUAUCUACCCUAACCCUUACAUCUAUAGCAAUAGAUAGAUUUUUCGUCAUAAUAUACCCAUUCCACCCGAGAAUGAAAUUAAAUACAUGUAUAUUCAUAAUAGUAUUUAUAUGGGUAUUCUCCUUAGUUGUAACUUGUCCCUAUGGUCUAUUCAUGGGCCUACAGAUCACAAAAAAUAAAACUUACUGCGAAGAGAGUUGGCCGUCAGAUAGGUCUAGAAGAAUCUUCGGUGUGUUCACCACCGUACUUCAAUUUUUAAUACCAUUUCUAGUAAUAGCUAUAUGUUAUACAUGUGUUAGUGUAAGACUGAAUGACCGGGCGAGAUCCAAGCCUGGUGCCAAGAACACUAGGAGGGAAGAAGCUGACAGAGAUAGAAAGAAGAGGACAAAUAGAAUGCUCAUAUCUAUGGUAGCUAUAUUUGGCAUAUCCUGGCUCCCUUUGAACUUGAUAAAUAUCUUCAACGAUUUCUACGCUCAAAUGACCGAAUGGAAUUAUUACUAUGUGUCCUUUUUUCUCGCCCAUUCCAUGGCGAUGGCGUCAACUUGCUACAAUCCAUUCCUUUACGCUUGGUUGAAUGAGAAUUUCCGAAAGGAAUUCAAACAAGUGCUUCCAUUUUUCGAAUCAACCGGGGGAGUAAGAAAUAGUUAUCAUUCGGGCAGAAUGCCUACACACAAAACUGACAAAAUAUGUAAUGGCAAUGAGACUAUCCAAGAAACUUUACUCGGAUCGUCAUUCAACAGAGGUCCUUCGAUAAAACAGAGAAUAUUAGAUGGAAAUGGAAAGAAGGAUAAUGGUGUGGAAAUCGAGAAUGUUUUGUUGGACGAUAAAACAAUUUCGGCUACGUUUCACACGAAGAGUGAAAAUGUAAAUUUACAAUUGAUUGAUGAAGAGUCCCAACACAGUGAGCCCAAAGACGGCAAGUCACCCGCUAUAUAAUGUGUCAAAGUAAACACGGAUCAUCGCUUAACCUCCUUUUUAUAUUUAAAAUAAAUAUAUGCUACUACUUUAUUAUCUUGCAUCUCGUAUUGAAUCAUGUGUAAAGUAAAUUUUCUAUGAGAGUGAAAUUGUUUAAAUAUUACCGACGUUUACCUACGAAAGUAAAUUAGUAUCACAAUUUAAAGAAAUAACUAUUUUAUUUUAAUUACGACAGAUUUAUUUGUAAAUAUAGCACGAUUUUAACGUUAUCAAAAAAAUGUCACAUGUGUAAUUAAAAAUAUAAGAACUUCUUGGAUUAUUAUAUAAAUUGUAUAAUAUAAAUGAGACUUUUAACCUCGAUAAAAGUACAAUAUUAAAAAUGCUUAUAAAUAAAUGUAAAGACUAAAGAAUAAUAAUAACCUUAGACUUAAGUCUUUUUAAGGUUCCUUUAGUUAUUAAGGUAUCUGUUAUUAUUAUAUAUUUGAGAUAAUAGAAAAAAAAUAUAUUAAAAUCUCUUUAAAGUAAAUUGAGAUCUUCAAAAGGUCGAAUUCCUUAAAAUUACAAAAGUCUUGUUACAACUGCGAUGUUUGCAAGACAAGUCAUUAUUUUUAUUGUAAUAUUUGUUUUAAAGAACUUAGCCUUAAGGCACUUUGAGAUAAAAAUUAGCUUUUAGGUUUAUCGAUGUUCUUAAUUUAAUUACAAUUAGGCUGCUUUGAUAUAAACAAGAAUAAACAUCGAUUAAUGUUUUCAAUUAUGGUAUGAUUAUUAUAAAGAAUGUAAGAAGGUUUAAUACUUGACUUUGUAAAUAAUAAAAUCAAAUGAUGUUAAUUUUAAGGGCUUGCUGUGAUGAUUUAUUUAUCUGUUUAUUAAAAUAACUUUAAUAAGAUCUUGUAUUAUAAUUGUAUUUGCAAGUAUCCAAAUGGCCUAAUAUUGUCAGUUAAAUAGGUCUCAUUAUUUUAGUCUAGACUAGGUAGUACUUUCGAUGCACUGUUUUUUCACAUGUUUAGAGUAUGGUUUUGUCAAAAUAAAUGAUAAUUUCAAUUAAAAUUUCAAUUUUAUUUAUGUUUAUUUAACUAUGUUUUUUACUAUUUUUAAUUAAUUUUUGUUUUUGUUUAAUUUUCAUUUACUGACAUUUCACUAUUUAGAUUUAGAAUCACUAGUAAAGGUAGUUAGUUAGUGAUAAAAUUUAAUAUGUAAGAUGUCUUUUUGAUAAACUAACGAGCCCAAUUUCAAACUAAAUGUUUAGUUUUCGUAUUUAUUUUUAUGCGAAAACAAAAUAUCAAAUCCGUGUAGACGUAGCCUUAAGUAUUUUGUUUUGCUACGUAUACAUUGAAUACGUUUGAAAUUCGAGUUUAUUAAAAACACAUAAUAUAAAUAUAUCAUCAAUUACUAUAUGAAAAAAUAUACAUAAAUGUAAAUAAACAGGAAGAAAAUGUAAAUAAAGUGUAACCUUUAGUCGAACUAUUAGUAUCGCUUUCAAAGUGUUGUAGGUACUGUAGAAUUUACUGGGUAAUUUAUUAUUUACUGAAAUUGAAUAAUAAUUAUUGUAAAGUUUGGUUUCGAGAUUGAUUAAAUGAGGCUGGUUGUUUA